UCUCAGUGAACUGCAAUUUGUUUUCAGUUUUAGUUCCUUAAAUAUCUUCUCCUGGCUCCGUUGAAGGACAGAACAUCUGUACUCAGGCCACCCUACUCCUUCCAUUUGCCCGGGGCUCUGGGUAAACCUCUAGAUAAUGGCCACUCGGGAGGAGGCCGCUGAGGAGCCGAUUUUCGAGUAUGACUACGAUUCCGUCCCGGAGAUGUCUGCCCUGCUGCACGUGGACAUGAUGCAGAUGCUCAAGAAGUUGGAAGAAGAGGCGCAGAAAGAACGAGAAAAAAUGCAGAAAGGCUUUAACUCAGAAAUGCGCAGCGAAGCCAAAAGGUUAAAGACUUUUGUGACCUAUGACUCCUACAGCUCGUGGGCACCGACGGAGAUGGCAGCAGCUGGCUUCUAUUUCACUGGCAUGACAUCCGGGGUGCAGUGCUUCUGCUGUAGCUUAAUCCUGUUUUCCACCAGCCUCCGGAGACGCCCCAUAGAACACCACAAGAAGUUUCGUCCGCACUGUGACUUCCUUUUGGGCAAAGAUGUUGGCAACAUUGCCAAGUAUGACAUCAGAGUUAAGAACCCUGAGAAGCUGAGAGGAGACAAAGCAAAGUACCAAGAAGAGGAGGCCAGACUGGAAUCCUUCAAAGACUGGCCAUUUUAUGCCCAAGGGACAUCCCCAAGGGAGCUCUCAGUGGCUGGCUUUGUCUUCACAGGGAAACGGGACGCUGUGCAGUGUUUCUCCUGUGGUGGAUGUUUAGGAAAUUGGGAAGAAGGAGAUGAUCCUUGGAAGGAACAUGCAAAGUGGUUCCCCAAAUGUGAAUUUCUUCAAAGUAAGAAAACCUCAGAGGAAAUUGCCCAGUAUAUUCAAAGCUACAAGGGAUUUGUUGGUGUCACGGGGGAACAUUUUGUGAAUUCCUGGGUCAAGAGAGAUUUACCUAUGGCAUCAGCUUAUUGCAAUGACAGCAUCUUUGCUAACGAAGAACUACGACUGGACUCUUUUAAGAAUUGGCCCCAUACAUCUGUGGGCAUUGCAGCUCUGGCCAAAGCAGGUUUUUUCUACACAGGUAUCAAGGACAUCGUCCAGUGUUUCUUCUGUGAAGGAUGUUUGGAAAACUGGGUGGAAGGUGAUGACCCACUAGAAGAUCAUACCAAAUGUUUUCCUAAUUGUCAGUUUCUCCUAAACAUGAAGGCCUCUGCAGAAGUGACUGCAGACCUGCAGAGCCACGACCAACUCUCUGAACUUACGGAAACCACAAAUGAAAGCAAUCUUGAAGGUUCAGCAGCAGUUAGUUCUCAAGUGCCAGAGACGGCCCAGAGUGAAGCCCAGUGGUUUUGGGAGGCAAAGAAUCUGAACCAGCAACUGAGAGAAGCCUACACCGAUGCCAAUUUCCGCCGCAUGUGUUUGCUUGAGGUCUCUUCCUGUCUAGCCACAGAACUGCUGAACUGUGACCUGUCCCUUGCUUCAAAACACAUCAGCAGCCCUGUGCAAAAGCCCGUGCUAUUGUCUGAUGUCUUUGCCAACUUGAACUCGGUCAUGUGUGUGGAGGGUGAAGCUGGUAGUGGAAAGACAGUCCUCCUGAAGAAAAUAGCUCUUCUAUGGGCAUCAGGAUGCUGUCCCUUGUUAAACAGGUUCCAGCUGGUCUUCUAUCUGUCCCUUAGUUCUACCACACUGGACCAGGGGCUGGCCAACAUCAUUUGUGACCAACUCUUAGGAACAGAGGGAUCUGUUACUGAAACGUGCAUGAGGACCAUCAUCCAGCAGUUAAAGAAUCAGGUGUUAUUCCUUUUGGAUGACUACAGAGAAGUGUGCUCAGUCCCUCAAGUCAUAAAAAAACUGAUUCAAAAAAGCCACUCGUCAAAGACCUGUUUAUUGAUUGCUGUCCAUACAAACAGGGCUAGGGACAUCCGCCGAUACCUAGAUACAAUUCUAGAGAUCAAAGUGUUUCCCUUCUAUAAUACUAUCUACAUAUUAAAGAGGCUCUUUUCUCAUCAUUUGACCCGUCUGAGAAAGUUUAUGAUUCACUUUAGAGUAAAUGCAAAUUUGCUGGGAAUUCAGAAAACUCCGCUCUUUGUAGCAGCAGUCUGUGCUAGUUGGUUUCAAAACCCUUUUGACCAGUCCUAUGAUGAUGUGUCUGUUUUCAAGUCCUAUAUGGAAUGCCUUUCCUUAAAGCAUAAAACUUCAGCUGAACUUCUCAAAGCAACUGUGUCCUCCUGUGGUGAGCUAGCCUUGAAGGGGUUUUUCUCAUCCUGCUUUGAGUUCAGUGAUGAUGACCUUAUAGAAGCAGGGGUUAAUGCAGAUGAAGAUCUAACCAUGUGCCUGAUGAGUAAAUUCACAGCCCAGAGACUGAGACCAGUCUAUAAGUUUUUAGAUCCCACAUUCCAAGAAUUUCUUGCUGGGAUGAGGCUGAUGGUACUCCUGGAUUCAGAAAGGAAAGAAGAUCAAGAUUUGGGACUUUAUUAUUUGAAACAAAUCCACUCAUCCAUGAUGGUUAUAAGUCCCCAUAAAAAUUUUUUGAAGUACAUCUCCUGCUACCCUUUAACAAAGGCUGGGCCAAAAAUUGUAUCUCAUUUGCUUCAUUUGUUGGAUGAUGAAGAGUCAUUGAGGAAUAUAUAUGAGCCACAUGACAAUCUAAAGCACGAUUCACAAGCUUUGGACAUGGGGGACUUAUAUAGGAUUUUGGGGCAACUAUCUCCAGAACAUUACUUUUUACUGGUUUCAAAACAUUUACUGGCUCUAGCCAUAAACAUUGCUUAUCAAAGCAACACUGUUGAGGCAUGUUCUCCACUUAUUUUGCAAUUCCUUCAAGGCAGAACUCUGACUUUGGAUACGCUUAACUCACAGUAUUUUUUUGACCAUCCAGAAAGCCUGUUGUUGUUGAAGAGCAUCCACGUCUCCAUAAGAGGAAAAAUAGAAACCAGGUUACCCAUCCCAGUUAGUUCAGUCCUGGAAAGAUGUUGGGACAAAUCACAGGUACCAACCAUACAUGAGGACUGUGCUUCUGCCUUUGAAGAUAUGAUGAAAUGGGAGCGGAAUUUAGCUGAAAAACAGGAAAAUGUGAGGAUAUUUAUGAAUAUGGAAUUCAGAGCACCACCAGACAUCAGCACUGGCUACUGGAAACGUUCUCCGAAGCAGUACAAGAUUCCCCUUCUGGAAGUGCAUGUUACUUCUAUGGAUGGUGUGGACCAAGAGAUGCUCAGGGUUCUAAUGGAAGUUUUCUCAGCUUCACAGCACAUCGAACUUCAUUUAAUGAACAGCAGGGGCUUUAUUGAAAGCCUUCGCCCAGCUUUUGAGCAGUAUAAGGCUUCUUUCACCAAGUGCUCCAUAAGUGAAUUUGAGCUGAAUGCAGUGGAACAGGAAUUGCUUCUCAACCUGCCUUCCCUGGGAUCUCUCCAAGUCUCAGGAACAACCCAGAUACAAGAUCAACUCUUUCCUAAUUUGGACAAGUUCCUGUGCCUGAAAGAAUUAUCUGUGAAUAUGGACAGACAGAAUGUUUUUUCAGUUAUUCCUGAAGAAUUCCUAAAUCUCCACCAUAUGGAGAAAUUAUUGAUCCAAAUUUCCUCUGAGUAUGCUCCUUCCAAACUAGUCAGAUUAAUUCAGAAUUCCCCAAAUCUUCAGGUUUUCCACCUGCAAUGUAAUUUCUUUUCGGAUUUUGAGUCUCUCAUGACUGUACUUGCUUCCUGCAAGAAACUCAAAGAAAUUAAGUUUUCUGGAGCAUUUUUUAAAGCCAUCCCAUUUGUCACCAUUUUGCCAAAUUUUAUAUCUCUGAAGAUAUUAAAUCUUCAACACCAGCAAUUUCCGGAUAAGGAAAUAUCUGAAAAAUUUGCCUAUACUUUAGGUUCUCUUAGUAACCUGGAAGAAUUGAUCCUUCCUACUGGGGAUGGGAUUCAUCAAGUGGCCAAACUGAUCAUCCAGCAGUGUCAGCAUCUUCGAUGUCUCCGCGUUCUCUCAUUUUUCCAAACUUUAAAUGAUGACAGCGUAAUGGAAAUUGCCAACGUAGCAAUCACUGGAGGUUUCCAGAAACUUGAGAACUUAAACCUUUCAGUGAAUCACAAGAUUACAGAGGAAGGAUACAGAAAUUUCUUUCAAGCACUGGACAACUUGCCAAACUUGCAAGAGUUGACGAUUUCCAGGAGUCUCACUGAGUGUAUCAGAGCUCAGGCCACCACAGUAAAGUCUCUGAGUCAGUGUAUAUUACGGCUGCCAAGACUCACCACUGUUAACAUGUUAAGUUGGCUCCUGGAUGCAGAAGACAUCACACUGCUUACUUCUACGAAAGAAAAACACCCUCAAUCUAACCAACUUACUAUUUUCUGGAAAUGGAUAUUGCCAUUCUCUCCAAUCAUUCAGAAAUAGAAAAUUUAGCUAAAAUAUGCUGAAUCAAGAAAAUUUUUGUCAAUAGUUCUAAAAAUCUAAUUAUCCAAAAUCAUUUUAUUAAAUAUUGCAUGCAAAAAAGUUUAUGAAACAUGUAAGGUGUGUAAAAAAAUAACUCUGCCUGUCCAUCAUUGAGCUUAAGAAACAGAUUAUUGCCAGGCCGGUGUGGCUCAGUAGUUGAGUGUUGACCCAUGCACCAAGAGUUCACCGGUUUGAUUCCUGGUC